CUCGAAUGUCUGCCAACAGGAUAGUUGGGCUGUGCACUUUUGCAACUGUUACUACUUUCCAUAACAGGCAGGCUGACUUAGAGGCUCCUUGUACUGUACACAGUACAGCAGGGUGGCAGGGAUUUCUGCACUCAAGGUCUCUUUCUCCCAGUCAGCUUCAGCUCCAGGACCAUGGCACAACAGAGUCCUACCGACCCCACGAAAAUGGGAGUGGGUCGGGCAAUUGCCGUGCUUACCUCCGGAGGCGAUGCCCAGGGUAUGAAUGCAGCUGUGAGGGCCGUAGUCCGAGUGGGAAUUUACACUGGAGCCAAGGUCUUCUUUGUGCAUGAGGGUUACCAGGGUCUAGUAGAUGGAGGAGACCAUAUCCGCCCUGCUACAUGGGAGAGUGUGUCAAUGAUGCUGCAGCUGGGUGGGACUGUGAUCGGCAGUGCCCGCUGUCAGGAUUUCCGAACCAAGGAAGGUCGCACAAAGGCUGCUUGUAACUUAGUCAAACUGGGCAUCACCAACCUGUGUGUGAUUGGAGGUGAUGGCAGCUUGACGGGUGCAAACCAAUUCAGAACAGAGUGGAGCGAGCUGCUGGCAGACCUUGUUAAAGCCGGUAAGAUCACGGCAAAUGAGGCCAAGUCCGCUUCCCACCUUAACAUUGUUGGCAUGGUGGGCUCCAUUGACAAUGACUUCUGUGGAACUGACAUGACCAUCGGCACUGAUUCUGCCCUCCAUCGCAUCAUAGAGAUCGUUGAUGCCAUCACCACCACCGCACAGAGUCACCAGAGGACCUUCAUCCUGGAGGUAAUGGGCAGGCACUGUGGUUACCUGGCUUUGGUGACAGCUCUAGCCUGUGGUGCUGACUGGGUGUUCAUCCCAGAGAUGCCCCCAGAUGAUGGAUGGGAGGAGCAUCUGUGCAGAAGACUGACAGAGCAACGAGGCCGUGGCUCCCGCUUGAAUAUUAUCAUUGUUGCAGAGGGAGCGAUGGACCGCCAAGGUAAACCAAUCACCUGUGACCAUGUCAAACAGCUGGUAUCAAAGAAACUAGGUUUUGACACCCGCACCACCAUCUUGGGCCACGUGCAGAGAGGAGGAACUCCCUCUGCCUUUGAUAGAAUCCUGGCAAGCAGAAUGGGAGUGGAGUCAGUUAUGGCUCUGCUGGAGGCCACACCAGAGACUCCUGCUUGUGUGGUCAGCUUGUCGGGAAACAUGGCUGUCAGACUUCCGCUCAUGGAGUGUGUGCAAGUGACCAAAGAUGUCACAACAGCCAUGGCUGAGGGGCGGUAUGAUGACGCGGUGAAGCUCAGGGGAAAGAGUUUUGAGAACAACUGGAACACUUACAAGAUGCUGGCUCAUGUCCGCCCCCCAGAGGCAAAGAGUAAUAUCAACAUCGCCAUACUGAAUGUGGGAGCUCCGUGUUCUGGAAUGAAUGCUGCAGUUCGUUCAGCUGUGAGGACUGGACUCCUCCAGGGCCACCAGAUGAUGGCUGUGCAUGAUGGCUUCGAUGGCUUGGCCCAUGGAGUGAUUGAGCCCAUUGGCUGGUCUGGAGUGGCAGGAUGGACUGGAAAGGGGGGCUCCUUCCUGGGCACAAAGAGAUCCCUGCCUCAGGAGUUCAUGGAGGAGAUCAGCCUCAGCAUCACUAAGUUCAACAUUCAUGCUCUAAUCAUUAUUGGAGGCUUUGAGGCAUUUAUGGGAGGUCUGCAGUUGGUGCAAGCUAGAGAGAAAUAUGAGGAGCUGUGUAUCCCACUCGUUGUUGUUCCCGCUACUGUGUCCAACAAUGUUCCUGGAUCUGACUUCAGCAUUGGUGCUGACACUGCCCUCAACACCAUAACUAUGACUUGCGACAGGAUCAAGCAAUCUGCUGCUGGAACCAAGAGAAGAGUAUUCAUUAUAGAGACUAUGGGAGGAUACUGCGGCUAUCUGGCGACCAUGGCUGGAUUAGCAGGUGGAGCUGAUGCAGCCUAUAUUUAUGAAGACCCUUUCAACAUUCAUGACUUAGAGCUAAAUGUGGAACAUCUGGUGGAGAAGAUGAAGACUACAGUGAAGAGAGGACUCAUUCUGAGAAAUGAGAAGUGCAAUGCAAACUACACCACUGACUUUAUCUUCAACCUGUACUCAGAGGAGGGGAAGGGCGUGUUUGACUGCAGGAAGAACGUCCUUGGGCAUAUGCAGCAGGGUGGAACACCGAGUCCUUUUGACAGGAAUUUUGGCACAAAGAUGGGGAUGAAGUCUGUCCUGUGGUUGACUGACAAGCUGAAGGAAUGCUACAGACAUGGUCGCAUCUUCGCCAACUCUCAGGAUUCAGCCUGCGUGUUGGGCAUGAGGAAGAGGGCUUUGGUUUUUCAGCCUCUGGCAGAACUGGCAGAACAGACUGACUUUGAUCAUCGUAUUCCAAAGACACAGUGGUGGCUAAGGCUGAGGCCCAUCUUGAAAAUCCUGGCCAAGUACAAGGUCAGCCUGGACACCUCUGAAAAGACUGCAAUGGAGCAUGUCAUCAAGAAGAGAGGCUUAGUUAAACAGUAGUUCAGCUGUGGGAUUAUUUAUGAUAAGGCAUGGGCACAUGACCUGACUGUCUUCUUUGAAAGCACUUUGUAAACCAUGUUUAAGGAGAGUGCAAUAUAAAUAAAGAUAUUAAUUUUAAAAAA